UAGCGUCACAAUUGCCCCGGGCUGGCUGGGCUUUGCUCCAAAGCGACAUCACGCUCCCUCCUCUUUUCUUCCUCAUUGUUCUUUAUAUUGUACCUCUGCACCCGGAACCAGAUCAGCUCCUGCGCUUUUGACGAAUCUCCUGGAGUUCUUCUGGGCAGGGAUGCGACAGAAUUGCCUCUGGAAUUGAUUUGGUGAUUGUGCGACAGAAUCCGAAACGGCACGGAGAAGGGGCAGCGAUGGCGGAGUUAGCCGCUCGGGAGAGCCGUAUUGCAGUUCGAAGAGCACGUGUCGCAGCCAGGCUUUUGGCUGCUAAUAGUGCUAAAAAAGAUCACCGCAAGUCAAGAGCAGAAAUCGAGAAGGAUGCAGGCGUAGGCGAUAGACAACUGUCGAUGAGCCUUCACUGUCUUUCUGAAAUCAGGAAAAAGCUCAAGGAUGAAGUGAAGAGUCUGCGAGACGGUGCAGAUCUUCGGGAGUACGAGCAUCGAAUGGAAGAAACGAGUAAAAGAGGGGCGCUUGAGAAGAGGAUGAAGCUGGAAGUUGAAGAAAGCAGUAAGCAUAACGAGGAAAUAGCUGAGAAAUGGAAAGUAGUUCUAGAUUGUGCAGUCCCGCAAGAAAUGGCCACACAGAUGGCCGAGCAGAAGAAGGCAUGUGAUGCGGUGCUAGCCUCCAAAGACGCGGUCAUUAAUGAGAUGGUUGCAGAGCUUAAGUUCAAAGACGAGGAAUACCAGGUUGCCAUCGAGCAACAAGCCAAAGACUUCAAUGACCUGUGUACCAUUAUGGCACGACAGGUAACUAUGUUGACCGAUGUUCAUAGAAAGGAAUUGACAGACAUCGAGUUCGCAUUUCUGGAGCAACGAGCAGCUCUUCUUAUUAGCAAUAAGGAAGAGAUGUCAAAGUUGAUACAAGACCUUCAAGACAUGGAACAGAAGUAUCAAGAAGACAUGAUGGCCAAGAAAGAAGAAUUCGCCAAAGCUCUUGAGGAUAUCCGUGACGCUGAUGCGGAGGACUACAAUAAUCUCAAAGUGCGGUUGGAGACGGACAUGCAGACGCUUGAGCAACACCAUGCAACCAUGCAGGCAGUUUAUCAAUUCAAUGCAGAGAAGUUGGAAUAUAACCACCUGGUGUUGCUUGAACGAGACCGUGAGAAUUACGUCACAGCCAACCAACAGAAGAGGAAGCUGAACAAGCAACGAGACACACUGCAGCUCCUCAGAGGCCGAUACGGUGACCUAGAAAAGCGCUUUAAUACCGACAACUCGAAAAUGGGACACAGUUUUGCUCAGAUCACCAAGCUCUUGCAAGACCUACAAUCAAAAGAGAAAGGGCUUCUAAAAUCUCAUGCAACCACUAGGCGCAAUUUCUUUCUUAUGCACCAGCGUGGUCUUUCUGUCCUCGUUUCCAAGAUCCUUCAGGCAGACAAGGAUAUCCAUGAGAAUCAGCUGGGAUGGCAUUGGCAAGCUCCUAGCGACUAUGCAUUCAUCGAUCUAGGCUCUAACGAAAUUCUAGACGAUGGGCCGAAGAAAGAGCCUCCAGUACUUGAUGAUCUGGCAAACACCAUGAGUCAAGAAAAAUACGCUUCGCUGCUAGGAACUUUAUGUGACGAAGCCUUCUUCCUGGUUGAUGAGAAAACCAGAGAGUCGCUUCCUAUGCUCCUUCCUGCCCAUCAAGACUGGGUUCAAUGCGUGUCUAUCUUGCACACGCUAGGAAUCAAGAAUGGAGCCAGUCUUGAGAAACUUCUAAUUGCUCUUACAGGUCAAGAAUCGGAAUUAAAAGAUAACGAUCUGGAUAAGUACCUAAGUAUUUAUUUGCACGAUGAAUCUGAAAGGGUUAGAAAUCAGGGAGGAGCAGUUGAAAAUAUAGUGCAUGAUCCGAAGGCCCCGCCAGGCACAAUGCUUGAUAAAGAAGGAAUUAAAAAGCUAAAAUGGGAGAAUUACUGGAAGAGUUUCACCACUGUUAUCAACUCUAAAACACUGCGAGUCUGGGGCCACCUUGAGCAAGGAUUGCUAGCUUACAACAAACUUCUAAAGGAUCGGGUGUACUUAACGUCUGAAGUCAUUUCUUUGAGGCAACAAAACCAAGCUCUCAGAGAAGCUCUACAACAUUGCUUUAAGGCAAAGAAAUGAGACCAAAACACAAGUAAUUUUUUUGGUUUAAAUUGGUCAAUAAUAUGUCAUCAAAGGUUUUCAUUUAAAAUCAAUAUGACAAUUAAAAGGUCUAAUAUUUUAUUAGCCAGCCUAAA